AUGUUUGGGUUCGACGCCCACAAAACACGCAGCGGACAGCCACGCACGCGCCGAAGCCGCCUGAUAAUCUCAUACAUCCCCGACUACUUGUUCUCGUGCCUCAUGUCCAAAAUCGAACCCUUUGAGCGCGACUUUACGCUGACCAACAAAACCAUCCAAUACCCGCACAAACCCGACUCUGUUCCUUUCUACGCCGCCAAUCUGGCAGGCAGGCACCGCCCGGAUUUCAUCUCGCGGUGUAAUCUGGAUACCACCAAUGCCCAGACACUGGAGCCCUUCAUCGGGCUCCUUACUACAAAGGUGUGCCGGCCGGAGGACCAUAAGGUGUUUUUGGACGGCAUGCGCAGUUUCCCAUCGGGCCACACAUCGUUUUCUUUUGCCGGCUUGACGUACCUUUCCCUGUGGCUCGCCGGCCACAUGCAUAUUGGGGAUAGGCGUGGCCGCGCUUACAAGUCCUUCAUAGUCUUGGCGCCAGAGCUCGACUACCGCCACCAUUGGCAGGAUGUCCUGGCCGGUGCUAUUCUCGGUUUAUUCAUGGGCUGGUUCGGCUACCGCGAGUACUACCCGUCUCCAUUGAGUGACACGCAGGACCCGUGUGCGCCGUAUCCGCCGAGAAUCCCCGAAAACGAGUGCGAUCAUGAGGGUGGACCGGAGUACGGGAUGAAGCAGUUUACUAAUGUGGCUAGCUCGAAUCCCACUGUUUCGGCAGCGGCGGCGAUCGCGGCUCAGGCGCCCGGGCGGCGAGGGCUUCGGGAUCUAUUUACUCGCAUCAAACAGCAACCCAACGCGCCGGGCCAGGUGCACAUCAACCCCAACGGCAUACCCAGCAGAGAUUCUCUGACAUCUUUCUUGCUUUUUUUCAAACAUUUCUAUUAA